AUGCCUUAUCAGCAAAGUUUUCCCGUGUUUCAGUCCUUCACAAGGGAUGUGGACGAGCCAGUGAUUGAGGAUCUAUUUUUCGAAAAGACAGAGAACGACGGUAUUGAGCCUCUCAAUGUGGCUACCUCAGGUGACACCAAGGUUCAGUUGCUGGACGACAGGCACUACAGCUUUGAUUUUCCGGUUCCCCAGCAGCUGAUUGCACGCAUCCCGUUUGAGGACGCCAAGAACCUGACGGAGUUCACGUAUUUGAGGUACCAUGCCAUUACAGCAGACCCAAAGGACUUUACCAGCGGCGACCUCGAAAAAAGACGCGACAUUGUGAACUACCCGUUGCGGCCGAACUUAUAUGGAGUGAGACGUGAAACAGAGCUCAUGAUCGUGUGUACCAUGUACAACGAGGACGAAGUUCUGUUGGGUCGCACGCUCAAGGGUGUUUUCAAAAAUAUUAAAACCAUGUACAACUUGCCCGAGAAGCGCUCUAGCGAGCAUCCGUUUGGCAAAAACGCGUGGAAAAAAAUCGUGGUGGUGAUAGUCAGCGACGGGCGCUCCAAGAUCCACGAGAGGUCCAAGGCUCUGCUCACUUUGUUGGGAUGCUACCAGGAGGGUGUGAUCCAGGAGAAAGUGAACGGCGAAGACGUCAACGCGCAUUUGUUUGAGUACACCACCACAUUUGGUAUUGGACAGUUCGAUUACCACCGUGGCGACGAGGGUAAAGGUUUUACUGUUCCGUUGGUCACGGAGCAGACUGUGCCUGUUCAAAUGAUGUUCUUGCUCAAGGAGCAGAACAAGCAAAAGAUCAAUUCGCACAGAUGGGCGUUCAACUUCCUGUGUCCAAACCUCAACCCGAAAAUUGUGUGUCUGCUGGACGUUGGCACAGAACCAGGCCCAGACUCGAUCUAUAAGCUUUGGCAGGCCUUCAAGGACCCGCAGGUUGGAGGAGCCUGUGGAGAAAUCAGGGCCAUGCUAGGGAAAAAAAUGAGCCGCUGGGUCUUGCGGAUCUCUUCUGACCUCAAAUGCGUGGUGCUGAAUCCACUUACUGCCGCACAGAAUUUCGAGUACAAAAUAUCCAACAUUCUUGACAAACCGAUGGAGUCGGCAUUUGGAUUUGUCACGGUUCUUCCCGGUGCGUUCAGUGCAUAUAGAUACGAGGCGUUGCAAGGAGACCCUUUGAAAGCGUAUUUCCAUGGAGAAGAUAUGAAAACCAACACAGAAAAGCCUGCCGGAACGCUGGAGUCCAACAUGUACCUUGCAGAGGACAGAAUCUUGUGUUUUGAGCUGGUGGCCAAGAAAGGAGCGUCCUACGUACUGCGGUAUGUCCACGACGCGUUUGGCGUCACCGACGUCCCUGGAAACAUUGCAGAGUUCAUCAACCAGCGACGGAGAUGGCUCAACGGCUCGUUCUUCGCUGCGCUCUACUCGGUGAUGCAUUUUUACCGGAUUAUCCGUUCCAAGCACAGCUUUGGCCGCAAGCUCGUCCUGCUGGUGGAGGUGGUGUACCAGACAGUCAAUAUUGGUCUUUCGUGGCUGUCCAUCUCGUUUUAUUUUCUGGUGUUCCGGAUAUUAACUUUGGGACUGGCGGACACAUCGGUCGGGUUCAAGGCUGGCAACAUACUGGCAGUGGUAUUCUUGUGGCUCUACAUUGCAGCUCUGGCGCUCACAUUUAUCAUCUCGUUCGGCAACAAGCCCAAGGAUGCCAAACGACUAUACCAGCUCGCUUUCCUGCUCUUCUCCAUAGUGAUGGCCUACAUGAUCUUCUGUGUGAUUAUGCUGACGAUCGCGUCGGUGCACACGAUCCAAAGCGAAAUAGCAGCCUCGACGAAAAGCAAGGUGCUGGCGUACUUGGAAAAUUCCAAGUUCCGCGACCUGACCGUGGCACUGUCGUCCACAUACGCACUGUACGUUUUAGGGUCGUUGCUGUUUUUCGAGUUCUUCCACCUGUUUGGUUGCAGUCUACAGUACAUUUUUCUGAGCCCGGCGUACAUCAACGUGUUGAGUGUUUUCGCGUUCUGCAACAUCCAUGAUAUUUCAUGGGGAACCAAGGGAGCACUCAAGGUUGAGGAAGCGGGCAAGAAAGAGGCCAAUAAGAGCGAGCGUUCGAACGAGCUGAUUCUCUCAGAGGCCUUGCAGGACCCUGACGAGCUGUAUCUUCUGGCUAACAACAAUAUUUCCAAGCCUGAGGCGGUGAAAAAGGAAAGCACUUUGAAAACCUCGGAAAGGAAUUAUGCCCUGGGCAGAACGUACACGGUGCUUGCAUGGCUGGUGUCAAACUUCAUAAUUUUGGUUCUUGUGCUGCGGACAGGCGGACUGGACGACUACAAUGAUUACAAGGACUCGAACACCAGCUCCAGUACUGCCACCACCAGGGUGAAAAGAAACGUGGACAGCAAGAGCUCCAAUACGUUCAUGACGUUCGUGCUUUGGUGUGUGUGCUGUCUGGCGCUAGUUCGGGUGUUUGGCGUGCUGGUCUACAGACUGGACACUUUUUUCCGCAAACGUCGCUACCACAAACACCCGGUGAUCUAAAUAAUAACUCGUAUUUAAUCCUGCAGUGCGAAGUUAAUAAAAAUAAGAGCAAAAAUAUUCGCGCAUGCCGAACCGAUCAGCUGACGUGAAACGGAUUUUUUUUCGAGUAAAUGUAUCUAUUGAAUAAUAUAAGAGUGUGGAAUCUCAUAACUCGUAACUUCAUCACAUUAGUUUAUACCAAGGAGCUCAUCCUUUGGUAUCGGGGAAACUAGCGCACCGUCGACAGAGUGUGAUGUCUUCUUGUAUGGAUGAGGGUGCUGCGAGUACGAAUGGUGGCUUCUAUGUAACGUUCCGUGCUUUCUGUUUCCGCUAUCCGUGGACCUUGUUGAUGCAGAUCUCUGCAGAUUGCUUGGAGGAUGUGCAGAAUCGAUGUAGGAAUCUUCUCCAAAGUAGGACGAAUACGAGCUGUCAUUGCGCGAGAGGUUCAUCGAAGCGGGAAUGACCGUCUUGGAGUUGUACAUGGAAUCGGGCGAGGUAGCCAGUACCGAUGCUGGGGAAUUAAGAUCGAAGUCAGACAUCAUGAAGCCGGAACCGGAGCCAGACGCAUGCGAGCGGCCCAAGAGGCCAUUGACGGCUGCAGCUGCUAAGCCCGCCCCGGAUUUGAAACCGCUCAUAUCAAACUGUGCGGGGGUCAUCGAACUGUAAUUGUCGUAAGACUCGUUUUCCACAGGAGGUUGGACUGCGUCCAUUAUAAGGCUCGUAGGCAUAGGACUCAUCUGACCGAAGAGAUCGUCGUUUUUUUCCUCCUUGAUGUCGUCGAGACGCGUGGAAUUUGUUUGUUGCUCAAACAUAAAUUCCGCGCUGAAAUCGUUCUGGGGUAGAGGCGAAAACGGAUCGUCCGAUCUUGGUGUAAGCUAAUCUGGCGAUGAAUAUGGUAGGAAGUCUGCGGCGAGCUCCUCCUUCUUGGAAGCUGGCUGGGGAACAGUCGACUCCGAGGACUCCUCAAGAGCGCUGUCCUGAGACUCGGUAUUGGGGAUGCGGCUCUGCCAUUGCUCGGGAUUGGUCUCACUGUCAGAAUGGUCUACAGCUUCCGACUUGUCAACGAGCAGCGAGAUGGCCUGGUUGAUCGAAAUUGGAACACCCUCGUCGUAUUCAUUGUACGUGAUAUUCUGCGCAAAUUGUUGCAACUCUGCAGUUUUAUUGAGUUUUACCAUUUCCGAGAGAUUAAUCAGAGCCUUGUUAACUAUGCGCAGUCUCUUUUCGAUCAGUUCCACGUAAUCGUAUGAGUAGCUUUUAUCCCUGCUCUUCUUACGCUCGGUAUAGAUGCAGAUCUUGUUAUCAGCCUGACACUUCUCGCAAGGCUGUUUGCCAGAACACUUGGUCUUCUUGAGUCUGCAGGAAUCGCAAGCCUUGCCGACUCUUUUCUUCUUCUGCUGCUGGGCUUUUCUGUCGCCGUACCGGUCAGGAGACGACAACGUGGACGAUAGAGGCAUGUUCAAUUGUAUCCGUGAAACCUUGUGUGCGUUUUUAAGGUGGGUUGUAGUGCAUUUUGGACCAUAUUUAUGUCUGACUAAAACCCCUCGGUCGGCUUACAUAGAAUAUACCGAAACCGAGCAGAUAAAUUAAUAAUCGGAUAUAAGCUGCAUAACAACGUAAAGAAAAGAAAUCAGAAUCUAUGCAUCUGUGCAGCGUACUACUAACUACUAUUAGCUAUGUUGCUAGAACGAUCCAUCAGUUGAUGUGCGGCAUUUACAUCACUAAAAUAUGGAGGUUCCGUACUAUCUCUAUCAAUAAGCGUUGUUUUUUUUUAUUUAUCCGAGCACUUAAUAUGUUCCCCCUAUUUGUGAAGCUGGUUUGGAAGGAGAAGCCGGAGCGGACACAGAAGAUUUCUAGUCCGAUUUUCGCUUUUAGUAGCAACAUGUAGCUUUUUAGAACUUGCAACUUUAGUGGCCUAGCAUUUUCUCGUACGAGAUUGCCUGCAUCGUGUAUCUUUUUGUGGCUACUUACCCACUCCACCUUAUUUGUCGCUGAGCUCAGCCAUUGGAGGUCGGUUUCUGCCCAGAGGUCACCAGUUACGCCAUGCUCAAGUUGCUACCUGCCACAAUCCGCGUAUUUAACAAUAUCGGGCUGUGCUGCUUCUUGGCCAGAAUCCACUACUCAGAUG